AUGGUCUAUUCUCUGGGAGCCUGUUGUUUGUGGUUGCUCCUCUAUAAUCUCCCCGAUAACCCUGGCGGCAAUUUCCCAAGUGGCCGGCGAGAUGUACCGAAUGAACCCCUCUUGCACCUGGCCCAGAAUCAAUUGCUCUCUAGGACUUAUCAUACACAAGAGGCCAGGGCGUCGUUAGUCAGUGUCUUCCAUUCUAGCUUAACACUAGAUGUCGAAGCUCGGGCUGGUAGUGCAACAACGAUUUUGGAGCACCUCCAAAAGGCGUUCCAAGCGGAGUUGCCCUUCUCCGAUGCAAAUAUAUCCUUGGUAUCUACACGCUACAAAAUUUUCGACGACAAUGACAUGUAUAAUGGUUUUAUGAGCUCGGAAAUGACUUUCCCAGCCAUCAACAUAUGUACAGCAAUGCACUCUUUGAACGAGGUGGAUCCCAAAAUCAGAGAAGCACUUUUCAACUGCAUACGCGAACGUGAAGCGGCUCCAAGAGGUUUCGGAGAUUACCACUGGAACUGCCAUUGUCUAGAAUUGGCGCACUGCUAUUAUAUCGGGUUCGGUACGCGGCGGAAUGAAGCCUUGUCGACGGACUGGUUGGAAAAGAGUGGGCUCCAUGCCAGAUUUGCUGGCGAGCUUGAGGCCCUUCGAAGCCGUGAAAGGCUAGGGUACUUGCCCUGGACGUCUUGGUCAAGGCAAAUCUUCUCUGAUGUCCAAAUGACUUCUUACAAUGUUUCGUACUAUCUCGGGAGGCGGCCCCUUCGAAAGGUCAUCGAGGUCAUGCGGAACGAGCUCAGCGACUGGAAAGCGGCUCUAGGCCCUGAGCACUGGAUCAUCAGGAGUCGCCUUUCCGCAAAUUUUCACUUGGAGAUAGUGAACGAGCAAAGGUCGGCACUUCAAACCGCAAUAGAAGCGCACAAUCUAGACUCUUUGCAAAAUCAGGUCGAUCCUCUCGGUAACUCUACGUUCAUGUUGUCCAUUGCCUACGAAGCUUGCGGUAUGGUAGAAGAGGCAGAGCAAACAGCGAUCAAACUUUUGGAGAUCUUAGAUCAGCAGUCGGAUCUCAGCCGUAGAAAUACGCCACAGCUCCUAACUAUGCGUGCUAGAGCGAAGUCACUACUCGCGAACGCCUGCGAAUCAAAGUCUAAGCUCGGCGAGGCGGAGGAUCUUAGAAGGGAAAGCUUGAGAGAGCUAACAAGGCUUCUCGGAGAAGAACAUCCGCUAGCACUGGAGCAAAUGGCAUAUCUUGCUUCCCUGUUAGGCCCUCGACGAAAGAAGGAAGAAUCACGGCAGUUACAUGAACGCCUUGAAAAGAUUGCAACCUCAUCUUGGUCAUCGAGUCACGAUCUAGCCCUUCUCGCACAGAAGAAUCUUCGCCAGGCGAGCAACCACUUCUGGUGGGUUUUGCGCCGAAGUCAUCCUGAUUUAUUUGAGAAGGAGGUGAUCGAAGGCUAUCAGAUGACGGUGGGUAACUACAAUAUUAAUACAAUACAGGCCAUGCAGAGUGGCGUUUGGCUUUUGUGUCAAGAGUUCCGCUGGGCUGAAGCCCUCGAGCUCAUGGAGCACACUCUGAGGCACGCAGCUGUCGCCUUCCGCGACACACCAGCCAUACUUCAACUCUAUCAAAGAAACGCAAAUACCCUCAGAUGGAUGUGUUUCAGCUACGGGAACAAGUUUGCGAUUUGGUUCUUCAAGCUUCGAUUCCGAUGGGCUAUUGGUCCUCCGUUGUCUGUCUUGGUUCGUUUAUAUGAUGCCGAGAAGCUUCACAGUCGAUACCAGCAUGUCUGGGGACCCUUCUAUAAGGUCAAAGCACUCUGGGUAGCAAGAGAGCCAUACCAUUUCGAUCCGUUCAAGGAUCCCGAUUACAGUGAGCAAGAAAAUGCUUAUGGCAUAGAGGCGGGCGCCGUAGAAGCUCAAAGUUAUCCAUGGUUUCGUUGGUUUAGUGUCAACCAGCUUCACACCGUGACUGAAAGGUAA